UAGCAGUCAUCAUCGUGAAUCAAGUCUACUGGCAAAUCCUUUUUAAUCCUUGUCAUAUGAAGAGAAAUAAUGAAGAGAAAAUAUAGAUAUAACUAGAAGUUACUGGCGGAGAGGUUUCCUCAUUGCCAUACCAGAGUGACGUCAUCGUUUGUGCUGCUGGCAGAACGAACGUCUCUGAAACUACCGGAUCCAACAUGGAGAGAAAAGUUCUAGCACUUCAAGCAAGGAAGAAGAGGGCGAAAGCAAAGAAGUCGAGCAAGAAACAGACAGCCCACCCCAGGGGUGCAGCACCCCAGCAGCAGCCCCAGCCAGAGGCCUCUCCCCAGGAACCAGAUGAGCCUGAGGAGAUCUUAGGCUCUGAUGAUGAGGAGCAGGAGGAUCCCAAUGACUACUGCAAGGGUGGCUACCACCAUGUAAAGAUAGGAGACCUGUUCAAUGGGAGGUACCAUGUGAUCAGGAAGCUGGGCUGGGGACACUUCUCCACUGUGUGGCUGGCUUGGGACAUUCAGGUGAAGAGGUUUGUGGCUAUGAAAGUGGUGAAGAGUGCAGAGCAUUACACAGAGACGGCUGUAGAUGAGAUCAAACUGCUCAGAUCUGUGAGAAACACAGACCCUGACGAUCCCAAGAGGGAGAUGGUGGUUCAGCUACUGGAUGACUUCAAGAUCUCCGGGGUCAACGGGACUCAUGUGUGCAUGGUGUUUGAGGUGCUGGGGCACCACCUACUGAAGUGGAUCAUCAAGUCCAACUACCAGGGCCUUCCUCUGCCCUGCGUCAAGACCAUCAUACGACAGGUUCUCCAGGGGUUGGACUACCUUCACACCAAGUGUGAGAUCAUCCACACUGACAUCAAGCCAGAGAACAUCCUGUUGACGGUGAAUGAGCCAUACGUGAGGAGGCUGGCAGCAGAGGCUACAGAGUGGCAGAAAGCAGGGGCUCCCCCUCCCUCAGGGUCCGCAGUCAGCACAGCUCCAGCUCCAAAAGCAACGACCAAAAUGUCCAAGAACAAGAAGAAGAAAUUAAAGAAGAAGCAGAAGCGUCAGGCGGAGCUGUUGGAGAAGUGCAUUCUGGAUCUGGAGGAGAUGGAGAAGGAGAGGGAGGAGGAGGAGGAGGAGGAUGAUGAAGAGGAUCCCGAGUCUCCCGUAUCUCCCAAGCAGCAGCGGCCAUAUUGUGCUCCUCUCGGACAAGUCUCCUUACAGGAAGUAACCAGCCAAGACACAGCAGGAUGCAUUGCGGGUGCGGAGGUGACGUGGUUAGGACCAAAAGGGAUAACAACCGACACAGAAGUGAACUGUAACGGCCUUCAUCCUGAGGCAGAGGACAAUGAAACGGAGGAGAGGAAGGCACAGUGGAGAGAGCAAGACCAACACAACGGUAACGUAGACCAAACAGGGGAUUGUCUUCUUCAGGAGUCUCCACCACCUCAACCCGUGUAUAACGGCCUGGUGUCCCCGGAUACCCCAGAGAGUGAGGAGGGGAGUGGAGCACUGACCAGGAAGGAGGCUGAAAUAAAGACUAAAGCAUCCGAGACUGAGACGAAAAGCUUUGGCGGCCGGGAGGAGCUAUCGUCAGAGGAGCAGAAGAAUCAGGAAAGGAGUCAAGUGGAAGUCACAAAGGAGGCGCAGGGCAGGAGUCGUGGAGAGGAGGCCACAGAGGAGGCGCUGGAGAACGUCCAGUAUGGAGGAGAACAGGAGAGUCUGAAGGAUGCCAAAUUAGCAGCAGGGAACCUCCUGGUGAACCCUCUGGAGCCACUCAACGCAGACAGACUGAAGGUCAAGAUAGCAGACCUGGGCAACGCCUGCUGGCUGCACAAGCACUUUACGGAAGACAUCCAGACGAGACAGUACCGUUCUCUAGAGGUGCUCAUAGGGUCUGGCUACAGCACACCAGCUGACAUAUGGAGUACAGCCUGCAUGGCGUUUGAGCUGGCCACUGGGGACUACUUGUUUGAGCCGCAUUCCGGGGAAGAUUACUCCAGGGACGAAGACCAUAUCGCAUUGAUCAUCGAGCUGCUGGGGCAGGUCCCACACAAACUCGUAACAGCUGGGAGAUAUUCCAAGGAUUUUUUCACCAAGAAAGGGGACCUGAAGCACAUCACCAAGCUGAAGCCGUGGGGGUUACUAGAGGUGCUGCAGGAUAAGUACGAGUGGUCCAAAGAGGAGGCUGAUUGUUUCGCUGACUUCCUCCUCCCCAUGCUGGAGCUGGUACCAGAGAAGAGGGCCACGGCUGCAGACUGCCUGCGCCACCCCUGGAUCGCCCCCCAGUGACGGCCCCCCUGUACUGCAAUGCAAAACACCUAGGGCCUGUUCAGUCGGCAAACGUUUUUGAAUGUUGCAGCUAAUUGCAAUGACUGGAGUCGAUUUAACUCAUUUUUCUACUUUUCAUUGAGGCAUGUUUGUUCUCCGUUAAGGAGUUCUAUCCGAACGUUCCAUAAAGUUUUGCCCUGCUGAAUGCGGCCCGGGCCUGGUUUGCCCCUGAUGAAACCUUCCAACCACUGUAAUGUAAAACCCUGGGGCUAUGUUCAGGAGUAUGUAACCUCCAGUAAGCCCAACUCCGGUCCUCCAGUAAGCCCAACUCCGGUCCUCCAGUAAGCCCAACUCCGGUCCUCCAGUAAGCCCAACUCCGGUCCUCCAGUAAGCCCAACUCCGGUCCUCCAGUAAGCCCAACUCCGGUCCUCCAGUAAGCCCAACUCCGGUCCUCCAGUAAGCCCUACAGCAGCCCUUUUGUUGUAGACCUGGACAAACACACCUGAUACAGCUCACUGAGGACCUGAUGAAUAGUUGAAUCAGGUGUGCUUAUCUGAGAAUGUGUACUGUUGUGGAGUUAGGAAAUACUGUGGGAAAUGACUCCAAAUGUGAAAGUAGCGUUUCACAUCCCUGAAUUACAUCGUAUACUCUCUAGUGGAGGCAUCUGGAAACUGGGAUGCAAAUGAAACCUCUUACAAGAGACUUGUUGCAACAGAUCACUUUCCAAUUGGAUCAUCUGAGAUGGCUAUUUAUUUUGGGUUUGUAUUCUUACAUUUUGUUCUUAUUGUCAUCAUCAAGGACUCUUUGUCUUUUAAAAAAAAAAAUUGUUUCUCCUUUUUUCUUUCCUUUUGUACUGAUGUUUAAGAAGCCAGUAGACAACACUGACCAUAAACCAAUCAUUUUGAUGGUCCAGAAUUCUGUGCUCUGUACACUUCUCACCCAUGUACACUAUAUAUACAAAGUAUGUGGACACCCCUUCAAAAUGAGUGGAUUUGGCUAUUUCAGCCACACCUGAUGCUGACAGGUGUAUAAAAUCGAGCAUGCAGCCAUGCAAUCUCCAUAGACAAACAUUGGCAGUAGAUUGAAUGGCCUUACUGAAGAGCUCAGUGACUUUCAACGUGGCACCGUCAUAGGAUGCCAUCUUUCCAAAAAGUCAUUUUGUCAAAUUUCUGCCCUGCUAGAGCUGCCACGAUCAGCUGUAAAUGCUGUUGUUGUGGAAACGUCUUGGAGCAACAACGGCUCAGCCGCGAAGUGGUAGGCCACACAAACUCACUGAAGCACGUUUAAAAUCAUUUCCUUGGUUGCAACACUCACUACCAAGUUCCAAACUACCUCUGGAAGCAACGUCAACUCCAUAUUAAUGGUUUUGGAAUGAGAUGUUUGUUGAGUAGGUGUCCACAUACUUUUGGUUAUGUAGUGUAAGAGAACUUGUGAUUCCCACCACCACUUGCUUUGUUCUACCCCAGCACAAGACCUGGAGCAGAACACGAUCAAGGAACUGUAGUCACUAGUGCCCUCCACCACUUUUCUCUGUCAUAUAACUUGAUACCACUUGGUUUUUCUUCUGAUAAAGGCUAAGAGUACUAAUGUGUUACAUCUUCACCCAUAAGCCAUUUUGUUUUGUAUUAGGAAGUUGCACAUAGGGAAAACGAACAUGAACAAACGUGUAGGUUGCACUCCACUCUCUCUCUGUUCUGACUGAACGAUUUCUAGUUCUCCACAGGAAAUUCAUUUAGAGGACUGUCUAGCUGUUCGGAUCAGUAAAAUCCACACCACCUUGUUUGUACAGAAUCUGUUAUUGUUCUACCUUGUCAUUGAUUCAUUCUCAUCGGAUAAGAGACUGGUUUUCUCAUGUUUUGUGGGUUUCAUUAAGUAAUAUUAUGUUCAUAAGAGCCCCCCAUCCAAAAUGAGACAUUUUGAAAAAUAAACUUGUCUGUGUGUA